AUAAACAAAAUUAAUGGCGUAACCAAGGGAAUGUCUUAAACAUAUUUCUUUUGAGGCGAAGAACAUAAAAUAAUCGUAAAGAUUUAAUUUUAUUUACGUGUAAUUUCGGCUAUAAUGGAUGAAUCGCGGCGAGGAGGGGAUGUUGCGGUGGACGGAUAUUCAGCUUAUAUGUCAACUGUUGCCGUUAUGGAGGAAAUGCUGGACAAAUUGAAGUUGAUAAAUUAUGAGACUGAUUUUUGCAGGAAAAUGGGAUUCAGAUAUCUUUCACGACAUUUUUUUGCAUUGGCAACAAACUCUGGAGAACAGUUUUUUGCCUUUACUUCAUUGUCUGCUUGGCUUUUGAAUCUUUGUGGCAGGAGUAUGGACUAUCCUCAGGAGUAUGAUGAUCCUAAUGCCACAGUCUCGAGUAUAUUGGAUGAAUGUAAGCAAUUGGGAAUAGCAGCUGAUUUUCCACCGUCAAAGUUGAAAACUGGGUCUGGUGAACAGGUAUGUUAUCUCCUUGAUUGUCUCGUGGACGAAACGCUGAAGAUGAAAAGGUUUACUUGGAACAGGCCAGUAAUUCCUGAGGAAGAGAUGGACGAGGAAGCGAUUGGAGAUGACGAUGCCGAAGUGACGGUCAAUAAAGUUGAAGAGGAGAUGGUAGAAGAGGAAGAAGAGACAGAAGAAGAUGAGGUAUAUAUGGACUUAGAAGCACUCAAAAACCAAUCAAGUCAUCAAGAAGAGAGCAGUAAACCAGACUCAGUUUUGGAGUCGACUGUGGACGCUGCGGAAUGGAAACUAGAAGUUGAAAGAGUGUUGCCAAUGUUGAAAGUACAUAUUCGUAGUGAUAAUAAGGACUGGCGAAACCAUCAUGAGCAAAUGCAGCAACACAGUGAAGGGAUUAAAGGAACAUUGACUGAGACGAAGGCCUAUUUGGACAAGUUGCAAUUAGAAAUCAGCAAGACCCUUGAGAAAAUUAGCAGCAGAGAGAAAUAUAUUAACAACCAGUUGGAACAACUUCUUUCCGAGCACCGUGGAUUACAAGAUAACUUAUCUGAGGCAAAAGAACGGUAUCGUCAAGGAAGUGGAGGUGUUACAGGCCUUACCAGAUCAUUAGCCCAGAUCUCUGAAGAGUUAGAAUCUGUGAAAGCUCAAAUGGAUGAAAGAGGAACAAACAUGACUGAUUCAGGACCACUAGUUCGCAUUAAACAAGCACUGAUCCGUCUAAAAUCCGAUGUGUCUCAAAUGGAACUACGAAUUGGUGUGGUAGAGCAAUCCUUAACAAACGCUCGCCUCCGCGAUAAGAAUGCUCUCCAUGAAAACAUGCAAGGCACAUCCACAGAAUCCAAUUUUGAGGAUUAUAAAGUAUUUUAAUUAUUAGCGUUGUUUCCAUUUAAGACUAUAAUUAGACUUGCGAUCAAGACUACAAUUAUCUGCUAUAUAAACUAUAAUCCAGUUGUUAAAUAUGUAUUUCUAACUAUUUAAUGUGGUAACAUUUGUUUAUCGAUUACACUUUUACU